AGCGCAAGGACUCGACGUCGUCCACCUCGAAGGAAGGGAAGGAAGCAUCCACAGCUUCAAAAGCCUCAGAGUCAAAGAGUGCGGAGAAGAAGGAGAAGGAAAGCGGCGGCAGCAGCAGCAGCAAGUCGAGCACUUUGGAGCGCUCCAACUCCUCGUCGCAGCCCAAUCCCAAGGAGAUGCGGCGGAACUUUCGCAAGGCACUGCGGGAGAUCUUUGAGCUUCGCUACGCCGACCUUAAUGAGCAGGAGAAGGCGCGCAUUGGCGGCGGAGGGAAUGGCGACGCCGACUCUUCGCCCGGCCACCGCCGCGUCAUCAAGAAGCUGGUGGCGCGGAUUGACGAGGAGCUGUGGAGCAGCCAGUCGCACGUGAUGAAGCAGUACAACGCCAAGUCGCGCUCGCUGCGCUUCAACCUGAAGGACGCCGCCAAUACCCUCGCCCGGCAGGUGAUGCUGAAAGAGGUGUCGACUGUUGCCUGCAGCAGCUCUUCAUCAGCUAAAGGGCCAGCCCACACGCCCAUUAAAAAGAAGCCAGUUGAGGCAAAGAGGGAACCAGUGAAGCCAGCGGCAACCUCUUCCUCUUCCUCCAGCAGCAGCAGCAGCAGUGACCCGCUGAACUUCUUUGACCUGUUGCGCGACACUACCUCGGAGCACGACAUCCACAUCUUCAGCGACCACUGUUUGAUCUGUACGAAGAAGCAGGCGGCGCCUUCAGACAAAAGUGCUGCUCAGAAGAAGAGCACCAGCAGCAGUGGCAGCGGCGGCAACAGCAUCAGCAGCAAAAAGCGACCACUGUCGUCGACUGGUGAGUCCGCCAAGUACAAUGGACUGUCGUCGUCGUCGUCGUCGUCUUCCAGUGGUGGUAAGCGAACUCGCAAGGAGAACAACGACGACAAGGGCGACAGUGCUUCGGCAGAUGAGACUGCCAGCAAAGUCGUCGGCGAAGGCGGUGAGGCAGCAGUGGUGACCAAUGGCUACCAAGAGAAUGGUGACGCCAAUGCUGCCAAUGCCAAUGGCCCCGAGCCGAAUGAAGUGGAGGCGGCGGCGCUGGCCAUGAACAUUCGCCCNUGA